AUAGAGAGAGAGAGAGAGAGAGAGAGUAAGUAUCAAAUGAAAAUAUUUCUAGCAAUCUGGACAGAAUAUCUGAAUGGCCUUACCUACCCUAUAUAAAAGGUUUAUUUUAGGGGGCUCCCGAGGCUGUCUCAAAGAGACAGCUGGUCUCCAGAGCAACAUAAAGCAGGGUUCAACAAGAGGUCUGAGUAACAAGCCAUCAGGAGAGAAAACAAAACAAAAUGCUCAAGUUUUCAUAUACAGGAAAACAAAUAGUGGUUUCAGAUUUGAGCCCCAAAUGAACAGUCACAAGGGCAGCCUCUCCAACUGCAGGCCUUGGUUUGCAAUUCAACUGCUUCUCAAAUGGGCAACUCUGUGUAAUGGCUAUCAGGAUGAAGAGCAGCAGGCAUUUUUAAAUUUAACAGUGUUCAACAAUUCUCCCUUAAAAUGAUGGGAAGCCCAGCGAGCAAAAGUAAAUGUCUGAAAUACAAGGAGCUGGGAGGCCAAGAUAAGAUCCAAAUGUACUUUUAGGGGAACUCUUUUCUAAGCUAUUAAGAAUAUGAUCCGGAGGCACUGGACAGUUACCAUAGAGCUGUUGUGUACCACUUGAAGCACUCAUGCAAGAAACACAGUGCCAAGUAUAUAGUAUGGAUUUGAAUAUUGCUGAAUAUAAAAAUGAUCCACUAUUUUGAACAGCUAUGGAUUAAAUACAAGGAAACAAAAUAAGCAGUGAAACAAAGGAAACAAAAAAAGAAUUAGACAUACAGGAAAAUAAUGGUAAAACAAGAGAGAAAGAGAGAAUCCAUCCACAGGAAAGCCGAUUUGUUUUGGCCCCAUACUUCUGGCCUAAAUCAAUGUGGAGUAAGUAAGAUGGAUAGCUCUUAAGAUAGAGUGAAGGCUGAAGAGUCUCAAUUUUCCCCCUCAUACUCACAUAUUUCUACACAUUUAAGUUAUACAAAUAAAUUAACCCUAUCUGUGGCAUAAUCUUUAUUUAGUAAAUAUUACAGGAAACUGAUUUAUAAAUAAGCAAAGGAAAUGUGGAAUCAAUUGCACGUAUGCCUCUCACCUCUUUUCUUGAAUUCUGUGCCACUUGCUCUAGCACAGCCAAUGCUCCCUAAGAUUCUGAUCUUAGCUCUAUUCUCUUCUCACUCUGUAAUCCAUUCUAAGAGUCACAAUGAUGAAGAGCCUAGACACUAGAACCACUUUCCGGAGUCUCAUCACUUUCCGGCCAUGUGUGUGUGUGUGUGUGUGUUUGUGAUCUUGGGAGGUUACCUAUCACCUCUGAGGUUUGCUCACUUAUAAAGUGGGACUAAUAAUAAUAUCUACUUCAUGGAGUCAUAAGGAGAAGUGAAUGAGUUGAGACAAGUGAAGUACCUGGCACACAGUAAGUGCUCAGUAAUUUCUAAGUAGUACAACCAUGGCUUCCACUGUUAUUUAGUUGAAUAACUUGAUUAGUUACUUAGUUGAUAUUUAGUUGAUGAGUUGAUAAACUCUAAUUCUCUAGCCCAUACUACUUUUCUGAGCUACAAGUCCAUUUAACCAACUGCCUAUUCAACAUUCCUAAUUGCAUCUAGGGCUCCUUAAAUUCAACAUUCACGAACUAAUUCACUUCUAUCUCCCCACUCCUGCCUCAGCCCAAACUGCUCUUCUUUUUGUAUUCUUCCUCCGAGAUGAACAGCAUCAUCCAAGCAAGGGGCCAAGUCUUUGAAAUUUAGUAAAGUCUACUACCCUUCUCUCAACUACCUCUACCUUGAACUUAAAAACCUAAUUAGUCACCAAAUCUUUUCGGUUUUGCUUCCUAUCUCCUCUCCUGCAUUACUGCAAGGGCUGCUCUUUGCCUGUCUCUAGUCCUUUUCUUCCCACACCAUCCUUUUUCACACUGCAGUCAGGGGUUCAUCCUUUUAAAUAUUUUCCAUCAUCUUUCCAUUCACCUUUUGGGUAAAAUCCAAAAUUUUUAGCAUAGCAUAUGAAGUACUUCAUCAACUUAUCUCUCUUUAUCCCUCUAAUUUUAUCUUCCACCAUUCCUAGUUCCAGGACACAAAACUACCUGUAAUCCCCAAACUUGUUAUCCUUUCUUUCACCUUCAUACCUUUGUUAAUACAACCUAGAAUGGUCUUCCUUUCAUUCUCUAUCUAGAAAAUCCCUUUUCUAUUAUAAUAUUUCCAGUUUCAGCAACACUACUCCAAAUUGAACUCAAAACAAAAAAACAAAAAAACAAAAAACCUAAGAACUGAAGGAUUGUUAGAAGGUGUUACACUUCCAGUAUAGUUUGCUCAACACAGAGUGAAAUUCCUUUUGUGCCUUUAUUUCCGAGACAUGGAAUAAAUUUCUUUUCUACUCAUUUUAUUUUUUGUUUUCCAUUGGCUAGUUGUGACUCUUUGGGUGGGGAGCUGGAUAGUUGGAAUAUACAUUCAACCAAAAUGUUAUAUACUAAGAGAUCUAGAUGGUGAGGAAAACUUGGUGAAAAAAUAUAAAGAAACUGUGAAAGAAGAAGAGGUGCUCAGCUAUUUUCCUAAGUCAUAUUAGCCAUUUCUCCUCUUCUUCCUCUCCCUCCUUCCCUCUCCCUAGCUCUGUCUCUCUGUUCCUACCUUUCUGUCUCAGUGUGUGUCUCUCUCUCACACACAUGCAUUUCUCUUAAGGUAAAAACCACUCUCUCUGUGUUCUUUUCAAAUCCCUUGGGUUUUAUAUUUUAUUACUCCAAGUCUGCCUCCCUGACAUUCUUGUAUAGACUCGUUAUUUUUCUCUGUAAAGAAGCUGUUUAGUUAGUCCUCGCCUGGUUUGUAAGUACCCAAGGCAGCCAGUUCCUGCGGCCCAGUCUACUUCUCCCGUCCCCGCUCUCCCCCCGCCCCGCCCGUCUUGGCUGGAGCAGCAGGUCUGUCAAUUCCAGGAGAGAGACAAGGCAGACAAAGGUUCAUUUGUGAAGAACCUCCUUCCAGCACCUCCUCUCUUCUCCUUUCGCCCAAACUCACCCAGUGAGUUGGAGCAUUUUAAAAGAUUCUUCUGCCAAGAAGACCAAAAGGAAAGAAGGAAAGGAGACAAAAGCCAAAAUGAAAUUUAUAGUACUUGCUGUCACCGUUGGGCUAACUUUGCUGCUGGGAGUCCAAACCAUGCCUACAAAUCGCCUCUCUUGCUACAGAAAGACAGUAAAAGAUCACAACUGUCACAACCUUCCAGAAGGAGUAGCUGACCUGACAAAGAUUGAUGUAAAUGUCCACGAACAUUUCUGGAAGGGGAAAGGAUGUGAGAUGAUCUGUUACUGCAACUUCAGGGAAUUGUUCUGCUGCCCAAAAAAUGUCUUCUUUGGACCAAAGAUCUCUUUUGUGAUUCCUUGCAGCAAUCAUUGAGAAUCUUUGUAUUUUGAAGAACACCAUCCCCAAUUUCCUCCAAACUGCUCUAUAUCAGUGUAAUUGUAAUUCUAGUUUUGAUCCAGUACAAUAAAACACAGACUCUAUAAAUUUUUACUUGUCUAGAACAAGUAAAGUGUUAAAUAAGUAGCAAUAAAAAUUAAUUCAAU